AUGGUUCUUUCACGUCUCCUCGAGAAUCAACUCUUUGUCAAGGCAGAGAAAUGUGAGUUCCACGUUUCACAAACAACAUUUCUGGGGUAUAACAUCAGCCAUCAAGGGGUAGAAAUGGACGAAUCCAAAGUCAAGGCAGUCAGCGAAUGGCCACAACCAACUACCAUCAAGGAACUGCAGAGGUUCUUAGGAUUUGCUAACUUUUACAGACGCUUCAUCCGUGGCUACAGCUCCAUUGCCUCCCCGCUGACUUCUCUCCUAAAAGGUAAACCGUCCAAACUGAAGUGGACAGAAGAUGCAGCCAAGGCCUUCAAUACCCUCAAGGUUAGCUUCACAACAGCACCCAUAUUACGACAUCCAGACCCUAUUCUCUCCUUUGUGGUCGAAGUGGACGCAUCUGACAGUGGCAUUGGAGCUGUACUCUCCCAGCGUCAUGGACAACCUGGAGACACAGGGAUCUGGUGCUACCAUAAAAAAAGGACUGAUAAGGCAUCAAGUCAGGAAUUGUUUGUGUAG